AUGACUUCCAAAGAACAGCGAAAGCAAUGGGAAGCGGAGCAGAAACUGCUGGCAUCUCUGGCAGUGCUGGAAGAUGAUCUGGAUUGGUCGUGUGAAACGCCAGACUUUCCAGGGCUCCAACGCGUUUGUGGCGUGGAUGUGUCCUUCUUUUCCGAUCGCACCUAUGCCAUUGCCACGGUGGUGAUCUUGAGUUUCCCCAAGCUGGAUGUCCUGUGGGAACGCAGCGCGGCCUUCCGCCUCAGUGUGCCCUAUGUGCCCGGUUUCUUAGCCUUCCGGGAGGUGCCUGCCCUUUCGCAGCUGAUGAGUUCAGUGCCCAAAAGGCUGAAGCCUCAGGUGGUGCUUGUGGAUGGGAAUGGCGCCUUGCAUCCACGUGGCUGCGGCGCGGCCACACAUUUGGGCAUCACCGUGGACUUGCCAGCCAUCGGAGUGGCUAAGGAUGUCUUGCAGGUGGGCGAUGUGAAUUCCUCCAGCGCCGCGCGCAUCGCAGCCACCCUGCAGCCGGGCGCCUGGUUGCCGCUGUGUCCGGUGGCGGGGCUCUUCAAGCCGAAGGGCGGUGGAAAGCCGCUGGUGGUCAGCCCAGGCCAUCGAAUCAGCCUCUCCACGGCCAUGCGCCUAAUCGUGGCCAUUUGCAGCAGCGCCUCGCCCGAGCCCAUUCGCCAGGCGGAUCUGCGAAGCCGCCGGGCGGUCAAAGCCUGGCACGCAGGGCACCAGGUGGAGUAUUUGUCGAAUCCCCGGCUGCGACAUCUGGAGCGCAUGCAGGAGCUCACUGACGGAGCUUCAGCUGAGCAGUGCCCGAAGCGGGGCCGUUGGCAAGUGAAGGCAGCUCCGAAGCUGGAAGCGCCCCCAGUGGAGGAAUCCUUAGAGGAUCAAGAGGAAGGGAGCUGGCCGGGUUUCCUCUUUGGCCCACUCUUUGGCUGGAUGUGUGCCUGCAUGAGCCGCGGAUCAAAGGCUUGA